CCGGAAGCAGCUUGUUGGGAUGAGCUGGAGACCGCGACGAAGUCAGUUUGAUGUUGUACAAUCAGCAACACAUUCUGGUCGAACCGGGCUGCCGUUCUCCAACAGAAAACUAACUUCAACACUGUACAGUGGAGAGGAGAUUGCCCAGGACCAAAACAAGCAUCUGCAUAGAUACUGUUAGAUGAGUACUAAUAACUGAAAAACAGAAGACUAUGGACGCCCCUGAUAGCCGUUACAGUGCACCAUCAGGAAAGAAGAAUGGACGGACCUCAUUGCUGGACAGUGGGGAGGACUUUGAGGUUUUAGAUGAAGAAGACAUUGACGACGAACCCCCUCCUCUGGAAGAUGCUGGAGGUGGGAAGGGGAAAAACACAGAUGAGUCUGAAAAGAAAAUUGCAGACACAGAUCCAGACCUUGUAGGUCCAGUGGAAGAAUGGCUGGAUGUAUUAGGUAAUGACCAACUGAAGAAAAAAGUUCUGGAAGCAGGGCAAGGGCGGGACAGUCGGCCACAGAAAGGACAGAAUGUAAAGAUUAAUCUUAAAACAUACACGAAGGACGGGACGCUUGUAGAAGAGCAGCCCAACCUCUCUUUCACUCUUGGAGAUGGGGAUGUCUUCCAGGCUCUGGAUCUCACAGUCCAGCUCAUGGAAAUGGGAGAGAAGGCCCUCAUCCAGACUGGUGCAAAAUAUGCAUAUGGUGCCCGGGGGAGUCUUGAACCUGAGGUUCCCCCCAAUGCUGGGCUGUCACUAGAAGUGGAACUGCUGGAAGCUACGGAUGCCCCAGACGUGGAACUGCUGCCCCCUGCAGAAAAGAUUGCCCUGGCCAGCCAUAAGAGAGAGCGAGGCAACGUUCAUUAUCAGCGUGGGGACUACGCUUUCGCUGUUAACUCAUACAGCAUAGCUCUGCAGAUAGCAGAGUCUAGUUCUAAAGUUGACAUUAGUCCUGAGGAGGAGGAUGAGCUGAUGGAUGUAAAAGUGAAGUGUUUAAACAACAUGGCUGCUUCUCAGCUUAAACUGGACCACUACGAUGCCGCACUUAAAUCCUGCGUUUCAGCACUGGCUCACCAGCCAGACAACAUAAAAGCACUUUUCCGCAUGGGCAAGGUACUAGCCUUGCAAGGUGAAUACACAGAAGCCAUUCAAACUUUGAGGAAGGCACUGAAGUUGGAGCCAAGCAACAAGACUAUCCACGCAGAGCUCUCCAAGCUGGUGAAGAAGAACUCGGAGCAAAGAGGAGCAGAGCAGGCCAUGUAUAAGAAGAUGCUGGGUAACCCCGCUAGCAGUAGCAGCAGCAGUACACAGAAACGCCGGGCCAAGUCUUCAUGGGGUCUCAGCUGGAAGUGGCUAUUCGGUGCCACUGCAGUAGCCAUUGGCGGUGUAGCAUUAUCCGUUGUGAUCGCUGCUAGAAAUUAAACCAAGCCUGUAGUGAUGGCCUGACCAAGCCACUGUUUAGAGCUUAAACACAGAAGAAGUUAAUCUGGGCAGUGCCUUCCAAGGGGGUGGAAAUGUCAGUCGCCUCUUCACUGUCACUCUCCUUUCUCUGCUAUGUUUGAGAACUAUGUGACAAAUAAUAAAACGUCAGAAGUUGCAUAUGGGAACUGUAUUUCCAAACUGUGUAGGUUUCUGCGUAUCUGUCACGUUGCCAGACACUGUUGUCUUUUGCUGCCAUCGUUUGUGUCUUUGGUAGUUGAUGUUGAAAACUGAUUAUUUGAGAAUUAAACAUAAUUUACUAUAGAUUCAGAUAGGAGCUAUUUAAAAAUACUUUCCCCAUUUAAAAAUAGCUAUUGUGAUAUGGUCCUACAUUAUGCUCUACUUUUAUAGUGUCCGAUUGUGCUGUUAAAUUAAUAUUUUCUACCCAAGAAUAUUUGAUUUCCAUUUGUUUUAAUUAAGGUACAAUGUUUCAUGUCCACUGGUAGAAUGUGGAUGCUGUAUUAUUUGAGGUCCACUCGAUGGCAAGGUACCUUACAGACUCUACUCAUACACGAAGUGACCACAAAAAUUGAAACACCUGCACAAUGUAAUACAACACAGCAAUCACUUUCUGUUUAGGCUCUUACUUUAGUUGUGCGAAUUGAGGCUGGAGUUAGUUUUUAUGUUAUACUGAAAGGUGUUCCUAAAAUUGUAUCCACCUCAUUAGAAAAUAUAGUAACACCUCACAACAUUAUGUAGUGAAAUAAUAUACAACAAACUGCAGCCUCAAAAUGUACCAGAGAAUUGAAUCAACGCUUAUUGGACAGAGGUGAAGUUGAAGUAACUACUGAGUGAACUCGAAGGUUUUCGUCUUUCUUUUUGAGUUAGGAUAGAAGGAAUUUUUCUUGAUUGUAAAAUGGGCGAUUUAUUUUGAUUUGUAAGUGUUCUGAACCACAUUUAAAAGUAUAUACACCUCCCUGUCAACAGGAACAAACAAAAAUAAUAAAAUUUCACGAAGUUGGUUUAUACAUAUACGUGGCUUUGUUUUGUAUUGCAGUUCAAUGCUGCAGGGUUUAUAUAGCCCCGGUCAUUGACAAAUUUCUUCAGUUUUUACCUUUAAACAACAGACAGAAUGAUACACAGAAUUUUUCAGUGAUGUGAUUAUGAAUAAUCAGUCAGUUAUUUUUUUUUUUUAACUUGUUUUUAUUGAGAUCAAACAGUGCAAAUCACAUCAUACAAAUGUGGCACCAUGGACAGUACAACAUACAUGGAUAUAGCCAUAUGCCUAGCACUCCCCAAAAGCCCUUCGUCCAUAAAGUAAAAAGAGGAGAUAAAUAUAGCCAGUAUAACCAUCACAAUACAGACAAGACAUAUGUAUAUUUAACAUAAAUAUCAUGAAAUAUACAUUUGAACAGGGGACCACUUAUCCGUAAAUAGAUCAGUUUUCAUCUGCAGUCUAAUUUCAGUCAGUUAUACCUCCAUUUUUGAUGAUUACGACCAAAUGUUGAAGGAUAACCCUUCAAAAACAAUGUUGGGUGUGUAUGGGUUUUUUUCUCCUAGAUUUUUUGCCUGUUUUCCUAUUAAUCACGUUCCUUUGGGUGUUUAUUUAUUCCACAGUUUUUGACCAUUGCUUUCUUAAAUACAUGCAUAAUGCGACACGGCUGAAUCUGUGGCUUUUUGUGGAUGGUAGGCCUACAGAGCCAAAGGUUCCAUAAACUCUAAUGAAGUGUUUCUGGCAUUCCCUGCUUGUUAAUUUUAUAUCCAUCACAAUAAAAUUUGUCUGUUGUCAAACAA